AUGAGAGAGAAACGCCAUGGGGCCGUUGCAGCAUUUUUGCAAAGCAAAUUGUACGUUUGUGGCGGAGUGCUUGAUAAGGACACAUCUUAUCAGGAGAUUUCCUCCUCUGUAGAAGUAUAUGAUCCCAACACCAAUUUGUGGGAAUACGGGGUUAGCAUGAGAACAAGCCGACAUCUCGCAGCUGUUGCUGUUUUAGACGGAUACAUCUAUGUGAUGGGUGGCAGAAAUCAGUCUUGUGUCUUUUCUUCCGUCGAGAGGUUCUGUAUCGGAAUGCGUAAUUGGGAGCGUGUGCCUGACAUGCAUGAUGGGCGCUACAACUUUGGUGGAACGACAAUUAACGGGAAGAUCUACGUUUUUGGAGGGGGGUGUCCUGAUGGCUUUUAUUCUCUUCAUUCUGGCAGUGUCGAGUGUUUUGAUCCUCACAGUAUGAGUUGGACUAUCCUAAGUCAAAUGCUUCUGCCGCUAGCAAACCCAGGAGCCGUAUCAAACAAUAAGCACAUCUAUGUCAUGGGAGGGGGAACUAAAUUAAUUCAUGUGUAUGACGCGGAUAGAAAUAAAUGGGAGUUGGGUCCUGAGAUACCCGUGGGCUGCAAUGGGGCUGUUCUCGCAGCUGUAUGGAUCGGCGCAAGUGAUCGCCGUAGUGUUGAUAGUCUCGACAACCAUACGAGGUCUGAGUGA